AUGGACAAGUCUUUUUCGGUAGCUUCGUGCUAUGAGUUUUUGGAUUCGAAUCGGAUUCCUUAUGGUCCUCCUAAUAUCCAUGAUGGAGUUUUUAGCUUGCUUUGGAAGUUGGAUGUUCCAUUCAAGAUCAAAGCUUUCGGAUGGAGAUUAUUCCGGAGUAGACUUCCAAUAAAAGACCAAUUGGCUCUUAGAGGUAUUGCUCUUUCUCUAGAUAAUUCGUUAUGUUCUUUUUGUGGUGUUUGUUCGGAAAACUUGAAUCAUCUCUUUUUUGAGUGCGGGGUGGUGAAGAAGAUUUGGCGCGAUAUAGCGGUUUCGGUUGGUAAAGGGGAUAGUUAUUUUGUAGAGUGCCUUGCUUUUUAUAUGGUGAAAGGUAGAAAAUUGGGUGUAGUUUGGUUAGCUAUUACUUGGGCUAUAUGGUUAGUUAGAAAUGGUGUUUGUUUCCGGAAUGAUCCUUGGAACGUCGACAAUACCGUGUGGAACAUCAAGCUUUUGGUGUGGAAGUGGUCUUAUUGUGGGAAGAUUACUCAUCCCAAAUAUUCCUUUUAUGAGUUUUGUAAGGAUCCGGUGUUUUUCCUCUCAUAA